AUGGAGUCGGAAUCAAUCAAGGUGAUGAAUCAAGACAUGGUCAAAUUGGACCGAUUCGACGGGAACAAUUUCUCUCGCUGGCAAGACAAGAUGAUGUUUCUUCUUACAACAUUGAAGAUCUCCUACAUCCUCAACCCCAACCUACAGCCCAUAGAAGAUCCAAAACCAAGUGCAGACGGCAAACAACCUACUGAGGAGGAAAUCGAAGAAAUCAAAAAGCAGAAGGCAAAACGGGAGGAAGAUGAAGUGUUGUGUCGCAGUCACAUUCUGAACACACUUUCGGACCGAUUAUAUGAUCUUUUCACAAGGAUAAAGUCGGCAAGGGAGAUCUGGAACGCACUGGAAUUUAAAUACAAAGCCGAGGAGGAAGGUACAAACAAGUAUUUAAUUGCAAAAUAUCUAGAAUAUAAAAUGGUUGAUGACAAGUCUGUCCUAGAGCAAGUUCAUGAAUUGGAGGUUCUGGUUAAUAAGAUUCAUGUUCUCAAAAUAGUUCUUCCAGAGUCUUUUCAAGUUGCUGCAAUUAUUGCAAAACUACCAUCAACUUGGAAAGAUUAUUCGAAGAAACUAAUGCAUAAAACUGAGGAUAUCUCUUUGGAACAACUUCAGAAGAAUCUUAGAAUUGAAGAGGAGUCACGCAUACGUGAUUCGAAAAAUCCUGUCGAAAGUGAUUGUAAGGUCCACACCGUGGAAAAGAAUGAAUCUUUGGUAAAAAAUGUGAACCUUCAAGUAAAGAAAAGUGGACAACACUUUAAAAAGAAGAAUUUUUAG